AUGAUGUGGGUGAGAACGUAUGCGCUGGCAGCCAAGCCUAGCACAAAGAUUGCCUCGACGUUGUUGCUUCUGCGGAAUCCAGUGAUCUCUGCCGACAUACCUGCGUUCGAAGCGCAGUACUACAAGUACCAGAAGGAGCUCUGGAAACGGUUAAUGUGGACGUUCCCGAAGUGGUUUUACUUCAGAGAAGGUACGCUUGCCGCCCAAAAGUUUAAAGAACUCAACCGGGAUCCCGUCGACAAUAACCCUAACAUCGAGUACCCGCGAGGUCGCCCUGAAAUCCGUCAGAACCGUGACCGUCGAUUCAAACAAGAAUUGAAGCUCCCCAAGACUUACGUCGAGGGCGAAACUGCCGAACCCGCGGCCGAUGCCAGCAAUGAUUUGUCGAGAAAGAUUGUCCCUAACUCGCGAGUGACCAAAGCCGAUGAAGCUAACGACCAAACCUCAUUGGAACGUCAGUUGGCCCGCUCGUUAUACCUUGUCGUAGGCGACGGCAAGUCGUGGGAUUUCCCCAACUUCCCUCAACCGGAAACCCCCACUGCCUUGGAUGAAGUGGCCGAAGCAGGGUUGUACAAAAUUGGCGGUGACCGCAUUAACUACUUCAACGUCUCUAACACUCCGUGCCAUGUUGAGACCAAAGACGACGCCAAGCAUUACUUCAUCAAAUCUCACAUUGUGCUGGGCGAGUUUGUCCCGCAAAACGGCAUCAAGUACUUGUGGUUGACCAAGGACGAAUUAAAGGACAAGAUCCCCCGUUACGACGACGUGGCUCACUUGUUAAACGACGUGUAA